AUGUUUGUGUAUGUAUUGAGUUAUCCUUAUGAGUCUAUAUUUAGAAAUCUUAAUAUACUGAGGAGUACAAGCUUUCUUACCCCACUAUACAAUAAGCAACAAGUAUCAACAUCACGACCUACUUCCAAACCUACCUCUACGGACUUUGAGAAUACUUGUAUAAUAACUUGCUUCGAACCUGUAGAUAUAUAUCUCAAAGGUAUUCAAGAGGAGGAACUCCUUUUGAUUCCUGAAGCUCUCGCACUGGUAGUGAUUAUUGCCCAGGAAUUGUACAUAUUGCCAUACUACCGGGUUCACUUCGUUGGCCUCAUAUUCUCUUGUCAUGAUGAACAUGCGGUUCAAAAUCAUAAUUGGCACGUGAUUUCCUGGGUUGGGCUUAUCGGUUCAAUGAAUAUUGGCUGGCUUCUAUGGAGAUUAAUUACAGAGUGUGGAAAGGAUGUUGAGAGUACGCCUUUGAGUUCGGCGAUAGUGAUGAAUACAUCUACAACCUCGAUUUCUGCUGGUAGAAAUAUUACCAUAAAUUCUGCUCCAGUACUGGUACUAGCAGCAGCAUUUCUUCUCUCUGCAGAAUCGGCAUCACCAAUCGCAACUAGUGUAACCACAAAAUCGGGGGCGCUGAAGAUUGGACAUUCUCUGGGACUAGUGUUCCUAGGAAUUUCCUACUGGAUGUUUUUCUUGUAG